AUGAAGGGCACUCUUGUCUAUUCAGCCAACAGACCUCAGCGAUGGUCAACCAUUCUUAUUCGUUACGAUUUCGUCAUUUGCUACUGUCGCGCUACGGAUUUUGGUCAGGCUGGCGCUCUUUCUCGCCUCGUCUGCAAUCAUCAGGGACCCGAAGAAGACGCAAUGACUGCUGCUCUUUCGAUUGAGGACGAUGUGCGCAGUCAGCUAUCAGACGCCAUACGGGGUAUUCCUGAUAAUGCCGUGGACAUUCGACGUGCUACUGAACAGGAUCCUGUUCUCCGUCAGGCCAUCACCUACGUGCAGACCUGCUGGCCAACCACUGUUCUCACUGGCGAUCUUCGCCAGCUCUUCUUCCGCCGAGAAUUGCUAUAUGUGGUUGAUUCCUGCCCCAUGUUUGCAGACCGUGUGAUAGUCCCAUCUUCAAUUUGGCCUGCUAUACUACGCCAGUUUCAUGCGGCUGAUCCUGUUACCAGCCGAAUUAACCAAAUUGCUCGCAAUUUUGCAUACUGGCCGGGUAUCGGCAGCGAUAUGGACGACCUGGUUCGACUCUCUUUUCGAUGUCAUCAAGCUGCCAAGAUGCCGCCUCGUUAA